GAAAAGUGACCAUCGUCGUCUCUUUGCUGCGCUGCUGCUUUCUCCUGUUCUCCUUCAAUAAGGAUCUUCUCCUCACUCUUUUCAUCUAUCGUCUGCUGCUGCUGCCCUAUAUACUCCUUAUAUAUAUAUAUAGACACACUCUGUUGUUGGCUCUCUUCCGUCAGAAAAUGGAGUGGUUCGGAUUAGUCUUUUUCCUGUACUCAGCUUCCGGACAUCUUAGCUCGGUCUCGUCCGCCAGCAACUCACUUUAUGGUUCGGGUGAUGUGAUUCCAGUGAAAGGACGAGGUCCAAAUCCGGCACAAGAACAUGAAGGACCGCAACCUUAUUUUGACAUUGACUUCCAGCGUAACGUUACAGCUAUUUCUACUCAGACAGCAUUUCUACACUGCAGAGUCAAGGAUUUAGGAUUAAAAGCUGUAUCAUGGAUAAGGCAGCGUGAAUUAAAUGGCAUCGUCCGACCUGUAAUAUUGACAACGGGAUUAUUUACUUAUACGUCCGAUCAACGAUUCAGCGUUUUGCAGCGUCCAAUGACUGAAUACUCUUCACCCACAACAGUGAUAGACCGAAGUUUAACAGAUUGGGUAUUACAAAUCAAAUUUGUUCAACCACGAGACGCAGGAAUCUACGAAUGUCAAGUCAGCACAGAGCCACGUAUAUCAGAAAAUUUCCACUUAAAUGUUGUUGAAUCUAAGGCAAAAAUGAUUGGUCCAGCCGAUGUUUACGUAAAACAAGGCAGCACUCUGGGACUCACCUGUCUCGUAAGCCAAGCAGUGGAGCACGCAACUAUUUUCUGGUACCACGACCUGAAUGUUAUUGACGAAAGCCAACCAAUAGUACGGAUUGACCAGCACUUUGACUCCACUAUUGCUACCAUGACAAGCCGUUUACGUAUAAACAACUUGCAGUCAGCACAUUCUGGAAAUUAUACAUGUCUGACAACCGCUGCCGAUCCAGCAUCAACCAUGGUUCAUGUAAUUAAUGGGGAGCAUCCAGCUGCGAUGCAACACGGUAACACAGGAAUGUCACACAAACUUUGCGUUUCAAAGUGCUGGAUUUCUUUAUCAUUGCGUGUUGUUAUUGAAUUGUUAAUUUCUGUCGUAACAUAUAACUAUUACAGAUAGUGUGUAAAGAGGAUGGGAAGCUAAGUUACAUCAUGAAUAUUGUGCGUAAUAUUUUUUCUUUAUUACAAUUAAUUUAUGCUACCUCCUUGAAAUAAACUGUCUUUUCUGCAUCUGCAAUGUACACACUAUUACUUCUGUGUCCAAUAUUGAACUAUAUAUAUUUGUAGACUUAAUACAAAAUGUGAGUUUAUCGUUA